CUAUCGUCUCACUCUUCUCCCCCAAAUCCCAAAUCGACGACAACUCCACCCUCAAACCUCCGACUUCCUCCUCCUCCAACCUCCUUCUCUAUCGUUCCCGUAGGGGUUUUUUUCCUUUUUUCUUCACUCUGUUCCCCGUCCCAGUUCACCCGCUCUGCACCCGCUCACGAUUCCCGCCGGCGAAGAAUGAGUCUGGGUAUGAUAGAAGACUGCCGGGAGAGAUCGAGCCGGCGGCGAUCCCUCGAUUACCGACCCGGAGACGAAACUAGCGGCGAGAUCCCUCUGUGCGGCUGCGGACACGAACGGAUUUGCGGAAACCCCAAAUCUGGGUUUGGGUUCUCAGAUUCCCCAGAUCUGCCAGACACGAAGAAGCAGCUUCCUCUUCGCGCAGUCGCCGUUCCCCGUCGCGGUUCCCCUUCGCUAUUCGCAAUCGCUCGACAACACUCCCCUAUCGCCCGUCGCCUGUCGCCAUCGUCGUCGAUGGCGGCGGCGGCUCGUUCCCCGCUCCUGCCGGCGAGCGCAACGACCGGCCGGCGCUGGAUCUCGUUUUUUCUUCUCCCUUGCCGGCCCUAAAAAAUCAAAACCUUCACCGGAGUUCCAACCUCGAGUACACCGUGCUGGAUGUGAUGGGCUCCGACAUCGACGGAGACCAGCUCACCCGUUUGGCAGAGGACCUCUGCUACUCCCGCCUCAUCGUCAACUCCGACGGUUUCUGCUUCAUCGACACCGCAGGGAUCAUUGAUUCGUCCGCCGGGUUCGAGUUCUACCGCCUCAAGGACAUAUUCAGCUGGUCCGAUUACGGAGUCGAUCGACAAUCGGAAAUGGGCGGUGACUCGGCCGCGCCUUCGCUCCCCUGGAAGCUGGAACCGAUGCAACAUGAGAACAGGGGAGGAGCUAGCGCCGGAUCAGCAGGGCGACGGGAAGAGCUUGGAGGAGCUUGGGAAGUGAGGUAGAGCUGAUAACCAAAAAGAAAAGGAAAAGUAGUAGAAAAAAAGAGGAAGACGACAAGAGGAAGACGAAGAGGAAAGCGCAGCGAAGGUGAGGGAAAGAGGUGGAGAAGAGUGCGUUUUUUGUUCUUGGCUUCUGUAUGACUAUUUAGCUAGUUGAAGGCAUUGCUCUCAUUUAUUGCAUUCCAGUUUCUGAUCCUAUACUCAACUUUUGGCUUAUGUAUGACUGUCCAGGGUUUGCUCA